AUAUUAUCUAUAACAUGUUUAGUAUUGGUUUAAUGUUAACCCAUGCUAGGUACCGUACAUUCACCUGGUAGCCUGUGGGGCCAAAAUCAAUACAGCGUGAACGAGACCCCGACAACACGGAGGUCAUCGGUCACGGACCACUGCAUUCCUGUUCCUAGCGGAUAUAGCGGUCAACUAGUAGGAUAUUUAAUAAUAUACCAGCGACAGUUGAAUUGUUGCCGAUUGGGUUGGGUUGUACUUAGAUGUAUGCAUUUGUACUAAAUAGACCACGUUUGGUUCAGCAAUCUUCGGGUUACUGACGUUCACCUGGUGAUAUAUCAUACCUGUUAGUGCGUCUGGAGGACUGUAUUCACAUUUACAUUCAGCAAUGCCGUCACUAAUAUUGUAUUAAUGGAUAAUUUGUAAUCAUCUAUAUUUUGUGAUGUUUCUUAAAGAAAACGAUGGAGACUGUGGGAGUGUGAUUAUCGACAAAGUUCCUUCCAUAAAAUAAAUGUGUGAUGCUAACAACUUGGAGAUAUUAGUGAUCUAUAGGAAUCAUCCAUCACUGGAAAAUGGUUGGAUAUUACAAUAACUCAACAUUUGAGCUGGGGGGCUCAGAAAAUAAAGCUCAAAAUGGGAUGGGCAGUAAAGAAUUACAUCGUAUUCCUGAAUGGCAACAAGUCACGUUAUCAUGGAGUGACGUCACAGUGACGACUACAGCAAGAACUAACUGCAAAAUCCGAAAAGAAACUUGCAGCAAAACCAUUCUAAAUUCAGUAAGUGGUGAAGUGCGCCCAGGCAAAUUGGUAGCAAUUAUGGGAGCAAGUGGCGCCGGAAAAACUUCAUUGAUGAACGUGCUUACUUUCCGCAACAUCCGAUCUCUGGCUGUUUCUGGAGAAAUAAAAAUUAAUGACAGAGUCGUAAACAGAGAUCAGAUGAACGACAUCUCCGCCUACCUACAACAAGACGAUCUCUUCCUAGGGACACUGACUGUUAGAGAACACCUUCUUUUUAAGGCUUCACUGCAAAUGGACGUAGAUCAAAGAACAAGAGAAAGGAAAGUGGAACAAGUUUUGUUGGAGCUUGGAUUGUCCAAAUGCGCUGAUUCUAUCAUUGAUCGACCAUACACAAAUCAACGAAUUUCAGGAGGGGAAAGAAAACGUCUCUCAUUUGCGUCUGAGCUCCUGAUGAAUCCACCUCUGAUGUUCUGUGAUGAGCCUACAUCUGGUCUAGAUUCUUUCAUGGCAUCAAGCGUCAUACAGUGUUUGAAAAUGCUGGUGCAUAAAGGUCACACAGUUCUUUGUACAAUCCACCAACCGUCGUCAGAAGUGUUUGCUCUUUUUGAUGAAAUUUAUCUUCUAGCUGAAGGAAACUGUGUAUUUACCGGCUACACAAUGAAUGGAUUAGAUUUUUUUAGAAGUCAAGGGUAUCCAUGUCCAAUAAACUACAACCCCGGAGAUCACUUCAUUCUGACAUUGGCAAUGGUUCCUGGGCAUGAACAAACUUGUCACAGAAAAAUAGAGAAAUUCUGUAAAGAGUUUGAAAAACAGCAGACACAACAAAAACAUAAGAAAGACGUCAUUUGUUCAACAUCUAUGACGCAUCAAGUACUGCGUAGAAGAUACCAAGCUCCAUUGUUUGAGCAAUUUCGUUAUUUAUUAUGGAGGAGUUGGGUGACAAAUAUUCGCAAUCCAUACCUUGUAAUUCUCAAGUUUACUCAAGCAAUGUUGUUUGCUGUUAUCCUUGGAUUGUUCUACUUAAAGACGGACAACAAUUACACACAGGAUGACGUCAUGAAUAUUAACGGCUGUAUAUUCUUUGCUAUAGUAUCGUUAAGUCUAGAUAGCAUCUUUCCCAUAUUAAAUGUUUUUCCUAGCGAGGUCCCUAUUUUUGUGAGAGAGUAUGGAAGCAAAUUAUAUAGAGUGGACAUUUAUUACCUAUCUAAAAUUAUUGUGGAGAUUCCUAUACACAUAAUUAAUCCUGCUCUUUUCAUGACGAUUUUGUAUUGGAUGAGUGGUUUGGUAUAUGACAAAAUCCAAUAUCUGACAGCUAUAGGAAUAUCUGUUUUGGUUGCUAAUGCUGCUGCAGGAUUUGGUUACGUCAUUUCUGCGAGUGCGCCUUCCAUAACUGCAGCUCUUUCUUUGGCGCCAUUGUUACUAAUGCCGCUCAUGAUGAAUGGAGGAUUCUUCUUAAAUAAUAGAACCGUGCCUGUGUAUUUCCUAUGGAUAAAAUACUCGUCAUGGUUUAUGUACAGCAAUGAGUUGAUGAUUCUAAAUCAGUGGACCAAUGUUGACCAAAUAGGUUGCCAUAGAAAUUCAACAUGUCUUUCAAAUGGAAAACUAGUCACAGAAAGCUUAGGGUAUAAGAAGGACAACAUUCCUAUGGAUUGGAUAUGUUUAGCAGCGCUGACGAUUGCUUUUAGACUUCUUUCUUUCACAAUUUUAUUCAUUAAAGCCAAACGUUUGACAUAAUAAAAAAUCUCAACGUGUA